GUCUCGACUGCGACGGUCAGUGCAAAACCUUCGUCAGACCUCAAUGAGAGUCCAGCACGAGCACAGCUAGAAACUAACCCUCGGAGUUAUUCGAUUGUCGAGAGCUCAAUAAAUUGACGGAGUAACGUUAUACGGAAAUAUAAUUUCCUGAAGAAUCUUUUCGGUUUUUGUGGUACUAUGCAAGUAUCCAAAUGCCAUUUGGACAUUCAGCCACCUGGAUCCGAAUGACACCUGCAGACAGCCUUCAUGCUUACCAAAUUCUAUGCCUACAGGCUCAACAGAAAUGGGUCUUUCUGUACGAGUCACACACCCGCGGCCUUGAGUGAGUGGAGUCCGGAGGCCUAGAGUGAGCAAAGACCAGCUUGAGAAUGACACGGCCUGCGGUUUCUAUGAAGGAGCGUCCUUUGGGAUUGCUGCAACCACAUGUGACGACCCCACACUGGACUCCACUUCGUCCAUGGUGAAAGCCGAUCCGGCGACCAACAGAGCAGUUGAUGUAUUUCCUCAGCAACCAGCACGGAUCAGAUCCAAGCAUGACGAAAUGGAUAUUGUCCUCUUUUGGAAGGCCUAACAGAGUAGUUUCACUUUCUCAGUGAAACACACAGCGACUAUACGACAUGGCAGUGACGGCAACAACAAUACUACAACGAGAAUAAAAGUGCCGUGGACCCCGUGAAAAGGGAUCUCUGAGUCUUGUAGUGCCAUCAUCAACCACCAACUCUUCCUCUCAUUCUCUGCAUCUGCUUCAGCCAUAAUUUUAAUUGCUCCACCUGUACAUUAGUCUUCACUGGGAUUUCAGGAGCAUAAGCAGCUGUCAUCAUUCAUCUCCGUACGGCGACGCUGUUUGACGAUGGCACAGCUUUUGUAUGCCACUGUGGUUUUGGCCGGAGUCUGCCUGCUUCUGAGGCUCUGCGCUGGAGCAGGUCAGAAUCCUGAUCAUGUGCUACAGGGCACUGGAGUGAAGCCUGGCUCAGACUCCAGAAGGCCCGGGGCCGACACUACUGUGGCACCAGAAGAUGCUGCUCGCUUCCUCAGCUGCCACUGUUCAGGGCACUGUCCUGAUGACGCCAAGAACAACACCUGCAAGACAAAUGGGCAGUGCUUUGCCAUCAUUGAAGAAGAUGAAAAUGCAGACGUGAUCUUAAGCUCAGGCUGUAUGAAAUAUGAGGGCUCUCAUUUUCAGUGCAAGGAUUCACAGUUUGCACAGGCACGUCGAACCAUCGAAUGCUGCCAAUUUGACUUUUGUAAUCGGGAUCUAAAGCCAGAGUUACCACCUCGAGACACCGAAGCACCAGGUCCUCACUGGCUGACCUUCCUCAUUUCAGUGACUGUGUGCUUCUGCACCCUCUUCUGUGUCACUAUCAUCUGUUAUUACAGGUAUAAGUGGCAGACAGAGAGGCAGCACUACCACAGAGACCUGGAGCAGGACGAGCCCUUUAUCCCAGCAGGAGAAUCUCUGAAAGAUCUCAUCAACCAGUCUCAAACCUCAGGCAGUGGCUCUGGGCUCCCCCUGCUGGUGCAGCGCACCAUUGCGAAGCAGAUCCAGACAGUGCGUCUUAUUGGGAAAGGCAGGUAUGGAGAGGUGUGGCUCGGACGGUGGAGGGGGGAGAAGGUAGCAGUGAAAGUGUUCUUCACUCGAGAGGAGGCCAGCUGGUUCAGAGAGACUGAGAUCUACCAAACCGUGCUCAUGAGACACGAGAACAUACUAGGCUUCAUUGCUGCAGACAUAAAUGGCACUGGAGCCUCUACACAGCUGUACCUGAUCACAGACUAUCAUGAGAAUGGAUCUCUGUAUGACUAUUUGAAGUUCACCACUCUGGACACACAGACCCUGCUCAAACUGGCCUACUCUGCAGCCUGUGGCUUGUGCCACCUGCACACGGAGAUCUACGGCACACAGGGAAAGCCAGCCAUCGCUCACAGAGACCUGAAGAGCAAGAACAUCCUCAUAAAGAAGAACGGCACCUGUUGCAUCGCUGACCUCGGGCUUGCUGUGAAGUUCAACAGUGACACAAAUGAAGUGGACAUCCCACUGAGCACACGUAUGGGGACCCGGCGCUAUAUGGCUCCAGAGGUCCUGGAUGAGACUCUGAAUAAGAACCACUUUCAGGCCUACAUCAUGGCGGACAUCUAUAGCUAUGGGCUGGUUAUAUGGGAAAUGGUCAGACGCUGUGUCACUGGAGGUAUCGUUGAGGACUAUCAGGUACCGUAUUAUGAGAUGGUGCCAUCAGAUCCAUCUUAUGAGGAUAUGCUUGAGGUUGUGUGUGUCAAAGGACUGCGGCCCACCGUAUCCAACAGAUGGAACAGUGAUGAGUGUUUGAGGGCCAUGUUAAAGCUGAUGUCAGAAUGCUGGGCCCACAAUCCUGCAUCACGCCUGACCAUCCUACGUAUCAAGAAGACUUUAGCAAAAAUGGUGGAAUCUCAAGACAUUAAAAUCUGAUUGGCUUUGAUUUUAUCUUUGAUAUCAUUGUCCCCUUCACAGAGGAGAAGGAGAGUCGUGAUAGUGACAUCUAACGCAAUUAUGAAACAUAACAAGCUCUCUCUUUCUCUGCCGGAUCAGACAAUGGUGCCUUUUGCCGCUUUCUGUGAAAGCUGUGUCAUUGGAAACUUGGAUUAGAGGAUUACUGCAACAGACUGAAACAGUAGAUAGAGGAAAGAUUGACAUAAACCUCACUGCCUUAAAAUCCACUCAAGAUAUUCUGCAUAGAUUCAGGGAUACACUUCCUGCCAUAUGGAUGAAAUGUUGACCUCUCAUGGAAUCUGUGUAAAGCAUCCUCUGAUUUAAUGUAUGAUGUGUAAUAUAUUAUAGUAAUAGAUUAACUGAGGACAGAGCAAAAUAAUAUGCUAUCUAUAUUAAGAGCUGUUGAGCUGAUGUGUAGCAUUUAAAAAUCAUACUUGAACUAUACAGUAGUUUUUCUCUUGUUCUAGUUUGAAUUUUUUACACGUGUCAAAAUGAUUCUUGCCUAAACCAUAUAUCGUUUGUGUUUUUAAAGCAUGCUGUUUUUAACGUCCUCAAAAUAGAAAAACAUUCCCAGUGCAUUCUUUCACUAAGCCUUUGAACAUGUAUUUUCAUAAAGUGAACCAGCUGUAUGAACACUCCUUCAAAGUUGCCAAACUCAGUGUAGUGUUUGUUGGAGGAUCGGUUAAUGCCUUUCUGAGUUCACUUCAUUUAGAGAUGCUGGGUCAUUAUUUACAGAUCACUUUGAAUGUGACUUUCGAGGAUUUGGUGAUAUUCUGAUCAUAUGUCCUUGCCAGUUUUAUGAAUCAUGUUUGAACUGUGUUUAUGUUUGUGUGGUAGCUGAAGGUGAAUGGUACGACUGUAACAUCUGUUAGUCAUCAGUGCUUAAGACUUCUGUAAGGGCUGCCAAAAUACAGUCUUCGUAACCGGUACGAUCCAAAACACACAUUGUUGCGUAACUUGUUUACAGAAUGUUUACAAUCAUUUUGUCAUUCUUUAGAAAAUGCGUUGUUGUAUUUUAGAAUACUUGUUUAUUAUUCUCAGUGCCAUUGAAAAGACCAAUGUAAUAUGUAAACAAGAAAGAAAACAAUUCACAAUAGUUCUUUACACCAGUAUCUGGACCCUUAAAGACAGGAACAGUGAAUAUACAAUGCUUUGAUAUUAUCAGUGCCAGAAUAAGGUGCUUUGUCACAAUACAUCCAGAACAGUAUGACCUGAAAUGCCAAAAGGGCAUCUUGAUUAAAACAAUAUGCCAAGGUUACACACAUGCUUUCAAAAGUAUUUAAAAUAUUCGGAAAAUAAAUAAUAGAUAUGUUAAAGGAAGCAUUGUCUCAGUGGAUAACUUCUGCAAACAGCACAAAGAAACACUAGAUUUGCUGUAUAUGAAAAUAUAUUUGUAUACAUUUGUUGCUCUUAAUAUACAAGAAAUCUGGAAAUUGAAUUGGUGAAAUUGAUCAUCUAUAUCGAAUGUUUUUUGUGGUUAAAAGGGAUUUUUGAACUGAUCAUUAAGUUAGUUUUGGAUUGCAGUAAAAAAAUAAAAUAAAAAAUAAAAAAGGGGGGGAUUCAUCUUUUGGCUAUUCCAAUUUUUUUGAGGAGCAUUUACCUGUUAAAGAAUCUCAUCUUUUUCUUUUCAAUAAUUUUGUCUGCAUUUUCCCAAAUACUAAAUCUUGCAUCCAUCCCCCAUGGCUUCUGUUCUUCAUCCAAAAACUGAGAAUGCACCUCUUAACUGUAAUCUGAGUUGUGAUGAAUGUUUCAAGGACAUGUUUUACCAGACUAUAUAUAUGCCUGUAUUUGAUGUGCUCUCCCAUAGUAUCACCAGUCCAUCUCUAUGUAAUAUAUUAAACAACCUGUCUAAUUUGGAAAAAAAAAAAA